AUGUCCAGCUCUGUCCUGACUUGCGGGUCCACUUUAGAAAAGUCAGGAGACUCCUGGGGAAAUAAGGCAAUGGCCUCCUCCAGUCUCAUUGCUCCGUGGCCACCAGAGACCCUGGGAUCCACUUAACACCCCAACAAAUCCUCACCAUGCCAGAGACUGGGCGGUUGGCCGGGAGCAGCCUUUGCAAUCCCAGAGCUGACAUUCCGCAGUGCUGUGCACCAAAGCGAGGCCUGUCAGUGAUAUUUAAAAGCAUCUCUCUCUCUUGACAUCAGAAUCAAUCUUCUGGGAAGAUCCCCCUCAUCUCCACCUUCCCUGAUACAACUGAACAGAGUUCAAGAAAGACACAAGCCCAAUAGCACAAGGCACGGCCUUUCACAUCAACUGGCAUUUACUGAGCACUGGUAUGUCAGUUCCUUUUCCACAGAAUACUCACAGAAAACAUAUGUGCACACAUGCUGCCAUAACCAAUGA